AUGACCUUCCAGGGGAAAAAAAAAAACGAACCAACGUUAUCCUUCCUGAUGCUUGCAGCGGCUGGGAGUGGGCUGCGCGUCUUCGUGCAGCAGGUGGGCCAUGCCUGGGUGUGGUGGGAGUCUGAGGUGGAGUCUCCCAGCGAGUCAGAGAAGAACAGUGACUGCCAGUCGCUUCUCAGCUGGGAUUCAAGCUUGGAUCUGGACGUGGGGAGCUGGAGGAAUACUGAAGAGGUGGCCAUGGGGAGGCUAGAGGAGAGCAGCCGAGAGGCAGACGGCGAGAUGGAGUUCAGUGAGCCUCUGUGGGAGGAGGAUAGUGAAGACUACCAGAAGGCAGAGAGGCCAUGUGAAGAUGACGGUCUUCUCCAGUUCUUCUCAGAGGUAACCCAGAUGAUGGCACCUCUCCGCAUUAGCAGCACAGAGCCAUCACAGGCUCAGAGGGAUUAUUGCGGCACUGGGAAGCAGGAUGAUGGGGAAGAUGUGAGGUGCCAGGAAAGGACCACAGGGACAGCGGUCUCGGGAGCAGAUGAAAGUCAACUACACGUCCUGGCAGAUGAGAAAGAACACUUCCCGGGAAGAGAGGAGAAGACUCAAGAGACACCUGAAGAACAAGCUUCAGGUGAGCCGCAUCCACAGGAGACGAGUAAUCGGGCCCAGGAUGACGAUGAGAGUGAUGGCACCUCUGCAGCUUCCAUGCUGGACCCCACAAGCCCUGCCAACACGCAGCUGGUGCAGCUGAGCUGGGAUAACCCCCUGCAGCAUUUGCUCUUCAAAAGAACUUUCCUGUCCAUCUGGAAGAUGAUAGCCAGUCACAGAUACAGCGGCCCGUUCCUGAAGGCGGUGUCAGAGAAACAAGCCCCUGGAUACAGGGAUGUGGUAAAGAGACCCAUGGAUUUAACCAGCAUAAAGAGAAGGCUGUCAAAGGGACACAUUCAGUCCAUGGUCCAGUUCCAGCGUGACCUCAUGCUCAUGUUCCAGAACGCGGUGAUGUACAACAGCUUCAACCACCACGUGCACCGCAUGGCCACGGAGAUGCAGCGAGAGGUCUUGGAGCAGCUGCAGAUGCUGGCGGCCAAGCACAAGCAGAUCCGUCGCGGCGUGAAGGAGGUCCAGAAGUUCAUCAACAAGGGCGAGAAGGGGAUCACGGUGCUGGCCGGCGACACGCUGCCUAUCGAUGUGUACUGCCACAUCCCCAUCAUGUGCGAGGACAGGAGCCUCCCCUACGCGUACGUCCCUUCCAAAUCGGACCUGGGAGCCGCGGCCGGCCCGAAGCCCCCGGGCCGCCUGCCUCUCUCCCUUCCCAGGCGCGGGCCCUGGGCCUGGCAGCGCAGCUGGGGCCGGGGGAGCCCGGAGGGAAGGCGGCCCCCCCCCCCACCCAGUCCUCCUUCCCCUCCCCAAGGGCCUCCCGGGAAGCUGCAUCAACCGCCCUCCAUUGCCGAGCAGCACCAGUACUGGUGGCAUGGAAAGCCCCAACAGAGGUGCUGGGGCGGCUGCUCCCCCGCCCAGCAGUACCAGGACUCGACAGGCUUUCCUCCUCUGCCUUCCCAGUGUCACCAACACACACCGGUGCGGGCAUACUGCCGGCUCCGGGACCCUGCUGAUGGGGCAGCCACUGCGAGGAGCAGCUGGAACCCCCCCCAGCAAGGCGCUGGGGAUGGGGCGUGA